AUGGCUCUGCCGGGCGCCGGAGCGGCGGCAGCCGCCGGCGGCGGCGGGAGUUCGUGCCCGCUGUGGACGGCGCUGUACGACUAUGAGGCGAGCGGCGAGGACGAGCUGAGCCUGCGGCGGGGGGACGUGGUAGAGGUGCUGUCGCAGGACGCGGCCGUGUCUGGCGACGACGGCUGGUGGGCGGGGAAGAUCCGCCACCGUCUCGGCAUCUUCCCGGCCAACUACGUGACCCGCCAGCCCCGCGGCGGAGCGGCGGCGGGGAGCGGCGGGCGGGGGGAUCCCGCGGGGAGCCUGACGGAGAUCGACUUCGAGCACCUGGAGCUGCAGGAGAUCAUCGGCGUGGGCGGCUUCGGGAAGGUGUACCGGGCCACCUGGCGGGGCCGCGAGGUGGCCGUGAAGGCGGCGCGGCAGGACCCCGACGAGGACAUCACGGCAACGGCGGAGAGCGUGCGGCAGGAGGCCAAGCUCUUCUCCAUGCUGCGGCACCCCAACAUCAUCGCCCUGCACGGGGUUUGCCUGCGAGAGCCCAACCUCUGCCUCGUCAUGGAGUUCGCCCGCGGCGGAUCCCUCAACAGGGCCCUGGCCGCCGCCCCCGGCGCCGCGGCCGCCCGUGGGGGCCGCCGCAUCCCCCCGCACAUCCUGGUGAACUGGGCGGUGCAGAUCGCCCGCGGCAUGCUCUACCUGCACGACGAGGCCAUCGUCCCCAUCCUGCACCGGGACCUCAAGUCGAGCAACAUUUUGUUGCUAGAGAAGAUGGAACAUGAUGACAUUUGUAAUAAAACUCUGAAGAUUACAGACUUCGGUCUGGCUAGAGAGUGGCACAGAACAACCAAAAUGAGUGCAGCGGGGACUUAUGCCUGGAUGGCUCCAGAAGUUAUCAAGUCCUCCAUGUUUUCUAAAGGAAGUGAUAUUUGGAGUUACGGAGUGUUGCUGUGGGAACUGCUUACAGGAGAAGUUCCUUACCGUGGCAUCGAUGGCCUCGCUGUGGCUUAUGGAGUUGCUGUCAAUAAACUUACUCUGCCCAUUCCAUCCACGUGCCCUGAACCAUUUGCAAAACUAAUGAAAGAAUGCUGGGAGCAGGACCCUCAUAUCCGACCAUCGUUUGCCUUAAUUCUUGAACAGCUUACUGCCAUCGAAGGGGCAGUUAUGACUGAAAUGCCUCAAGAGUCUUUCCAUUCCAUGCAAGAUGACUGGAAAUUGGAAAUUCAGCAGAUAUUUAAUGAAUUGAGGACCAAGGAAAAAGAGCUUCGAUCACGAGAAGAGGAGUUGACAAGAGCAGCUCUUCAGCAAAAAUCUCAAGAAGAAUUAUUGAAGCGCCGUGAGCAACAGUUAGCAGAACGUGAGAUCGAUGUACUGGAGCGUGAGCUGAAUAUCAUGAUAUUCCAGUUAAAUCAAGAGAAGCCAAAUGUAAAGAAGAGGAAGGGGAAGUUUAAAAGAAGCCGGUUGAAACUUAAAGAUGGACACAGAAUUAGUUUGCCUUCAGAUUUCCAGCACAAAAUAACAGUGCAGGCAUCCCCCAAUCUGGAUAAGAGGAGGAGUUUCAACAGUAACAGCUCUAGUCCAUCAAGUAGCCCCACAAUAAUUCCUCGUCUUCGAGCUAUACAAUUGAUUCCCAAAACAGAUACAAACACAGCUAAUGGCCGAAGAAACAGUGUAUAUGUGUACCAGCAAGAUGUAGAUAUCACAAGUGAAUAUGAACUUCCCAGUGGGGUUGUGAAAAAAGGCAAGAUUUCAUUAUGUUUUAAAGUAACUUCAGAUGAAAGCAACAGAACUUGGGGAAGGAGCACAACUUAUCACCAAGAAGAGUUUGAAGAUGUGAAGAGAAGUUUUAAAAAGAAAGGUUGUACAUGGGGACCAAGUUCAGUUCAAACAAAGGAUCGUGCAGAUUGUAAGGACAAAGUAAGACCCCUUUCAGAUGGCAGCAAUCCUUGGUCAACCAUUUUAAUGAAAAAUCAGAAGGGUGUUCCCUUAGCUUCACUCUUUGUGGACCAAGGUGUCUGUACUGAUAAGAAACUUAUCCCUGAAGUUUUGGACAGUAAAAGACCAAAGCCAAUUAAGUUGCCCAAUCAGGCCUACAUUAAUCUACCUCUUUGGAAAGACGAUCAGGGAGAGAAUACAGUAGAACAUGAGAGCUUUGAAGAAGGAACCUCUGCUAGUUCUACAAAUAGUACUCCUCAAAUGACACCUACAAACAGUCUGAGCAGGACACUGCACAAAAAGAAGACUGAUUCAGUGCUGUAUGGGUGUGCUGUCCUCCUUGCAUCUGUUGCCCUGGGCUUAGAUAUCAGAGAGCUGAACAAAUCGCAGGGUCCAGAUGAACUCUUGCCUAAAGAUGAGAAGAAGAAGCGUGAUGGAAUAUUUCAGCGUGCUUCAAAAUUUCGCAGGAGUGCCAGCCCUACACGACUGCAGUCCAAGAAAGAGGAAACAAGUAUUCCAUCUCUAAAUUCAACUGCAAAUACUGUGAAUCUUCUCUCUAUGCCCUCCAUUUCCACAAAAUGCCUACUUCAGUCUGACAGUGAAGAUGCUUUUGUAAGUACUGUGCUUGGUGAUUGUGGUCGAUGUAGUUCCACUGAUGUCUUUUCAUCUCAAACUUCUGAAAGUAAGAGAGAACAGAGGAUACAGCUGGCUCCCAACACAGUUUCUACACAACUGAAAAAUCAGCCUUUUAAUCUUGGUCUAAAACAAGAAUCUCAAAACGUGCCAAAAGAUUCCUCCACAAAGUUAAGUGUGUUGGGUCACAGACGAACCUUAUCAGAUGGGAACCGUUUUCAGACCACAGCUAAUGGAGUUGCUUCAACCAAUGAUGUCUCCAGACUACCAGUUCUGUCAGGUACUGGAGCUCUACACUCUCCGUCUCUGCAACAAAGAAACAAUCACAGUGGUGUUCCAACUGAAAAGCAAAGUGUUGUCAAUAUUGUAUCAAGGCCUCGACCUUCUUCUCUAAGAAGUAAAAUCGAUCCCUGGCAGAUUAUUCCACGUAUUAUUAAACCAAACUCUAAAGACUCUGAAUGUUUAGAGGGCAAUGUAGAUCCAGAUGUUAACUUCUUGCCAGAUACGGAGGAAAGAACUAACUGUCACAUGCCCUCAUUACUUGAUAUUGAUGUGGAAGGUCAAAACAGAGACUGUACUGUGCCUUUAUGUAGAAUGAAGAGCAAAACUUGUCGGCCAUCUAUAUAUGAACUGGAGAGAGAGUUUCUGUCAUGAGUGCCUUUCAUUUUAAAAAUGUUUGCUUCUUAAAGGGGAACAAAUAUGAAAUUCCUGUCUGUGUAACGCUUUGUGCUGCUGUUUUCUGAUGUACUGUGACAAAUAGUACCAAAAUUAUUAAAAGGGGCAUCUAAUUAAGUAAGUGUAGUAGGUGCCUUUUUCAAAUGUUCCUUGGAAUCCCACCUAGUUACUCUAAAAGCACAGUGCUGCGAAAGGAGUGUUCUAGGUGAACUUCAUAAGUCUAUUUUGAGUAACUAAAAUAACAUGCCCACCUCCCUCUGCAGUGUGACAGAAGUUUUCUUUAGGUUUGAGAAGUUUUGCUAGAAUUUUAAGUCUUGCACAUGGAAAAAACAAAUGACAUAAAGCCAACUCUUCUGUGAAGAAGAGUUUCACCUAAGAAGUGGUUGUCUGCAGCUUGCCUCUGUGGCCUGUAGAUUUAGGGAGGGGUACAGCGGAUUUAAGGUGCUGGUACAGGAGGCUCUGUUCACUGCGCAUUAGGGAGGUGGUUUCAUGUUGGUAUUUGAUACUGAAAUUGGUUGAGGACCAGCAGCUGAAUUUGCAGUCUUUGCCCUUGGUUUUUGGGAAAACUUUCAACUAUGUUCAUUAGUUUCUCCAGAAAGUUACACUGCUUAUAUAAACAUUUCGGUUUCAGCCGUCAUAUCGAUUUGAGAGAGUAAACUUUAGUAUUGUGAUUGGAGUAAAGGUAUUUGACAUACUUUGUAAUGUGAAACAACAUUCCUUGUAGGUAAGGAUACACUGGAACGUAAAUAUUUGUACUCUUAACCUUUUGAAGACUACAGUGUUUGCACUGAAAGCAAUAUUCUUGGGUUUGAAUUUUUUGUUUGUGGUGGAGGGGUUUUCCCACCUUCUUGUUUUUUAGACUCUGCUGCACCUUGUAUUAAAGAAAGAUGGUGGGUUUUAAGAAUAAUUGGUUUUAAGUGAGCCAAUGGUGCAUUUUAUUGCACUUAAUUUUAAAACUGCUAUAAUUUAUUAUGAAAUCUUUCAGUAUAAUCUCUGUAGCUUUUCUUCCUAAGGUACUACUGAGUGCCUGCUUACUCAUUUAGGAAUCAAAGGACAAAAACAGAUGUGCUUGACUGGUUUUCAGUGAUAGAAAGGUUCCAGAGAAUUCCAAGUAGUUAAUUGUGGGGGGAGGAACUUUUAGCCUUGAUAACACUGGUAGUUUAAUUUUUUAUAGUAUCACUAAGUGAAUGAUUAAAUAAAACCAAAUGUAUAGUAUCCUUUCCCUGAUGAAAGCAUUUUUAGAACUGAAGGAACAGUCCCUCAUUUUCCAGUAUGUGAAGUUUUAAUUUUGCAGAUCAUUUGACAUUUAAAUAGUUUUCAUAAAUAAAAUUAGAUAAUGUUCAAUUAAAACACUAUGUUCUCAUCAGAAUACUGUUUUGUUAAGACCUUUGUUUGAAAUGUUUUCUUCUCCUUUGCUCUGCAGUAUGGGAGCUUAGUUGUUAAAUAGAAUACACAAUUGCUUAAAGCUUCAAAACCAAGAGAUUAAAAAAGAAAUUUUGUGUUCUAAGACUAGUAUGCAGUAUUGUGUCUGCCUUGAGGAUGACACACAGUUAUACAAACAAAAUCAUGAAGGCUUUAUCACACAGAGCAGAAUGCAGAAAAUGCAACUUUCCGGCUCUGAAACUGAAAAUAGAAAAGGAUUUCUUUAAGUAUUAGUUUACCUAAAGUAAAGACAAAACCACUAGUUGUCUCUAAAUCUAAAUGCUUGCAUGACAGAUUAUUAAGUUACUACAUUUUGUUCAAACCUGUUUCUGUUUCAGUAUUCUUAGUUUUUCGUUAACAUGAUUCAAGUCACAUACUGUUCUUGUCUUUCCUUUAAACUUAAAUUUCGCCAGAACACUUUCAUAGAUUGUCUAUUCCAGUUUUAAUACAAAAUAUUUUUCUAAAAUAAAAUUGUGAAUCAGAUUUUAAAAGUAUAGCUUGAUAGCAGAUAUACUGUCAAGGCUUAAUUAGAAAUUUGGAACAUUAUGUAUAUUUCAACUCUUGCUUGAUCAAUUAUUCCUGUGUAAUACUGAGAGAAAAUGAGCUGAUUGUAUUACAUGUUUCUGAAGAAAGUAUCUUUGUUUGGCUUUCUACAGGAAAAUCUCAGGUGCUGAAGUAUUUUGACUUGUAAACUUCUGUUAAGUUCUGUUCUGUAUUUUUAAGGUUUGUAUAAUUUUAAGUGUUGAAUUUUGCACCCCAUGUUUUGUAAUCAAUAGCAUCAGCAUAAAAACCCCUUUGAGUUAUAUCGUUUUCACUUAUUAGUGGCUUAUCUGUCUUGCAAUUAAACGAUGAUUUCUAUUCCUGUUCAGUGGAUAAUUUCCCAUAAGAUUGGGAAGAUUGGGACAUGUGAUAUGGCCAGCCCAGUGCGUUCUAAGUAAAGUUUUUAAAAGUUUGUAUUCCACCUGUUGUUCUGAGACAGUUUAGGUAAGCCAUCUCAAAUAUUUCUCUGAUGUGAUGCAAUUCUUUUAAGCUAUAGUCUGUAGUGCUUUAUAAUUGCUUUUUAUAGUUUAAAAUUAUAGGCCAGUCUUCACUGUAAUUAAAAAGACAAAAAGAAAAAAAUUAUUUCAAUCAUGGUAGCACAGUCUGUAUUUCACUUGUCACCAGAGAAACUUUCUGUAAAGUUAUCGGAAUCUGGUAUGCAUUAAGUGAACUGUCUUGGUUAAAAGGAUAUUUAUUUCGACGUAGGUUAAUAGCCUGACCAAAUAAUAAUUUAUGUUGAUUGUUUUAGCAUAAAACUCAAGGUGCUUACACUACAAAGAUUAAGAUAAACACUUGAUAUUCUGUUUUACAAAACCUGAUGAUUUAAAUGUUUUUAUUUAAAAAAUAAAUGUUUUGUAGCUACUGUAUUGCAAAGUGACCUGAGUUUUCUUGAAAAAUAUAUUUUAAUGCUUUCUUAACACAUACAAAGGAGUUCUCUGGUGAAUAACCAGGAGCUAUAAACUCUGGCCAGCCUGUUCUUGGAACAUUAUAAUGUAAUUGUUACUCUAAGAUUAAUUAUCCAUUACAGUAACAUGAACAUUCCCGUAAUUUCUUGCACUUGAUGUGAGCUGAAGCAUAUGGCAUAAACUUGUUUUUUCUUUCAU